AUGUCCGCGGGCAUAGACAUGACUACGUUCAUAGUCUUCAUCAGAAAUACGGUUCGAACUUCUCCUGAGUGGAGCGGAUGCUCAAAUCUCAUCGGAGCUGAGUUGACCAUCCAAUCGAUAGGACCCAUUGUUCGUUACGCUCCUGGUCACAUCGACGUCUCCGACAUUGAUGCCGUGCGGAUCAUCCACAAAGUCAACAAAGGAUAUCGCAAGUCGGGUUGGUACCUCUCAUUGGCUCCUCCGGGAGUCGAGACGCUUAUGAACCUCAUCAACCCCACUGUCCAUACCCGUUGGCGUCGUUUGCUGGGUGGUCCAUUCCAAGACAACUAUCUUCAGAAACUAGAGCCUGUAGUUGCAGAAAAAAUGGCCAUAGCGCUCUCCAAGAUGGAAGAGGAGCUAGAACAGAGAGGUUGUAUUGACGUUUUAAAAUGGUGGAUCUACAUGGCACUCGACAUCAUCACCGAGCUAAGUUACGGCGCCAGUGUAAACAUUUUGGCGGAUGAGGAAGAUAACCGGUAUAUCAUGGACUAUCUGGAGGGACUCGGUCCUAUCCAUGCAGUGAGAACCACGAUGCCCUUUGUGAUCACGAUAGCCAACUGGCUCCGGUUCCCGAUAUUCAACAAGCUUCUCAACGCGGGACCCCGUGCGGCGAUAUGGGCGGUGGAGACAAUCAAGGCAUAUAAGCAGCUACUUGCUGAGGAGAAUCCCAAGCCGACCCUGUUCACUCCUCUCUUCGAUAAAGGCGACAAGGGCUUUACAGAUACCCAAAUCACUCAUCUUGCCGGAUCAAAUAUCACUGCAGGCAGCCACACAACAGCCACCGUCAUGACCUUCACAAUCUGGGCCGUCUGCAAACAUCCCGAAGUACGCGACAAACUCGUGGAGGAAGUCUCACAGCUACCAGAGGGAUUCAAGCAUAACGAUGUGCGAAAUCUUCCAUAUCUGAACUGUGUCAUUCAGGAAUCGGUCCGUCUCUAUGCCGCCGUUCCUUCUGUGCUACCUCGGGCUGUUCCAGAAGGGGGCGUUGAGAUCAGCGGCUAUUUCAUUCCCGAGGGGACAACAGUCUCCACGCAAUGUUACAGCCUUCACCGGAGGGAAGAUUAUUUCCCCAAGGCUCUCCAGUUUAGUUCUUCCCUCUGGCCACUUGUGGCCUGUACACAACUCAUGCUUUACUAA